AGCCUUCCCUUUAUCCAGAAACAUAUCCGAACGAAGUCGCGGUCUCAGAUCGAUGCAUUUGCGACUCAUGCAUGGCGCUACUUCAAAUUGUACAUCCCCACUGGUUCUGUCGAGAUUACCCUCACAAAACGCUACACUCAUCGGACGGGGAAAACCGAGCUUUGUGUACUAGCCACCCGGGAUCUCUAUCCUGGGGAUUAUAUUGAGCAGCUCGAAGGUUCACUUGCGCGUUUGACCUCCGCAGAAGAUGCUGAGCUCAGCAAAUCCAAAAACAAUGGCCUUGGGAGCCGGAAGGAUUUUUCUGUGGUUCAAAUUAUGGGCGGGAACAGCAGCAUGCUUUUCCUCGGUCCGGCACGAUUUGUCAAUCACGACUGUAAUCCUAACUGCGAACUCGAGAGGAAGGAUAAAGUCAUGCGGUUUAAGGUACGGCGCUUGAUCAAAGCGCCGGAAGAGAUCACUUGCUUCUAUGCGGAUGACUAUUUCGGGCCCGGGAACUGCGAAUGCCUGUGUGAAACAUGUCAGAUUGCGGGUGUGGGAGGUUUUGCGCCCGACGCAUUCAGUGAGGGGUCCGAAUUAAAGACUAGAAAGAACGACGGAGUUGAGGACGAGGAUGAAUCCAACUCCGAGCUAGUGAAUAUAUCAUUGGUUUUCAUCAUUCGUUCUCUAAUUUAUCUUUCUUAG